ACAGGCUGGCCUUGGGAGCCUCACCCUUUCACAGCUGCAGGGUAUAAAUUCUGAUGCUCUGCUUCAUUGGCACCUCUUGUGCAAGAUGGGUACCAACAGGAUCCUGCUUUUCCUCUUAAGCGCAGCAAUUCUGGAUGCCACCUCAGGUGCCUCUCUGAGCUUGGUGAAUGGCCGGAACCGCUGUGAGGGGCGCGUAGAGGUCUACUACAAUGGGAAUUGGGGCACAGUCUGUGAUGAUGGCUGGGACCUCAAGGACGCCGAUGUUGUGUGCAGGCAGCUGGAAUGUGGCUUUGCAAUUUCAGCACCAGGAAAUGCCAAUUUUGGACCAGGCUCCGGCACAAUUUACCUGGAUGAUGUUCAUUGCACGGGGAGUGAGUCAUCCCUGUUUCAGUGCAGGAGCAAUGGCUGGGGCGUGCACAACUGUAACCACUAUGAGGAUGCCAGUGUUGUCUGCUCAGAAGCACCAUCUGGAUACCCAACUUCCUACCCAUGGAGAACUACGCCUCCCACAUACACAACCACAGAAAACUCAGUUCCAUCCAGUCCUUCAGAUGUUAGUACCUCAACUCCUGUUCCUACUCCACCAUCCAGCACACCUGCUCAAAAAUUUUUUUGUGGCAGCUUCCUUUCAAAUUCGUCUGGAUCAAUUCGGAGUCCUUUUUACCCUUCAAAUUAUCCAGAUAAUGCAGAUUGCUUGUGGGAAAUACAAGUAACGAACAAUUACCGCAUUAUGCUCACAUUUGGAAGCAUUCAGCUGCAAGGUGUAUGCCGAUAUGACUACAUUGAGAUCUACGAUGGUCCACCAAGUACUUCUCCUCUGCUUGGAAGAAUCUGUUCUGGUUAUAAUAUCAUGUACACAUCCUCCUCAAAUAUGUUGACAGUGAGAUUUCACAGUGACUCUAGAUAUUCAAACAGAGGGUUUUAUGCUGAGUAUCGCUCCUUUCCUGCAGAUCAGGACACUGCCCUCUUUUGCUUCCCAACUCACAUGCGCGCAGUUGUAGAGAGAAGCUAUCUCCAGUCACAGGGUUACUUUGCGUGGAAUGCUAGUUUGUCCGACUCUUCUUGUAGACCAAAAAUUACAUCGACCCAGGUUAUAUUCAACAUCCCAUACAACAGCUGCGGUACCCGUAGAGAGAGCAGCAACGAGACUUUGGACUAUUCCAACGUGAUAAGAAUAUUUCCUUCUGAUUCCAUCAUCAAGAGGAAAAAGGACCUUUACUUGCAUGUGAACUGCAAAAUGCUCCAGAAGACCUGGGUGCAAGCAAUGUACAUUGCUGAUGGCUCUGCUGUUACUGACAUUGAUGAAACCCAAUAUGGCAGAUACAAAGUGGACUUGGAAUUCUACAAUUCCUCCUCUUUCCUUCUGCCAGUGACUGACUUUCCUUACCAUGUUGACCUGAAUCAGAAUUUGUUCCUUCAAGCAUCUCUUCGCAGCAAUGACUCAAAUCUGGUGCUGUUUGUGGAUACGUGUGUGGCAUCACCUAGUCCUAACAGUUUUACAGCAGUGACCUAUGACCUGAUCAGAAGUGGGUGUGUUAAAGACCCCACCUACUCUUCUUACUAUUCACCAUAUCCAAGUGUCACGCGGUUUGCGUUUAAUGCUUUCUCCUUUGUUAAGCGCUACCCAUCAGUCUACCUGCAGUGUGAGCUGGUGGUGUGCAGAUAUGGUGACUAUUCUUCCCGCUGCUACCAAGGCUGUGUGAACAGGUUCAAGAGGAAUGCAGGAUCUUCACAGGGAAAAGUGAGUGUUGUCAUUGGACCUGUUCAGCUUCAGGAGGCUCCCGUUGUGAAGAGGGAUGCUGAGCUGGCCUCUGACAUCCAGGUGAGAGGGGAGCUCAAGAGCACCGAGCCUGCUGCCAGCUCCCACAUUCCUCUGGCUGUGACCAUUGCUGUGCUGGCAGCUGCCGUCCUCACAGUGGGAGGACUUCUUCUGAAGCGCAAACUGCAAGAACCCAUCCCCUACCAGAUAAUGUGAGAGGUGACCAAGAGUCCACAGGUGGAGGGUGCAAUUGGGAUGUUUCAGAGCAUUUCAACUGAACUCCUUCUUUGAUGUUGUGUCUCAGGAGACUGAUUUUGGUGGCUUGGGAGAGAAGAACUGAUUUCUUUUGCCACUGCUUACAUGCAGAUAGAACGUUUGUGUGGUGUUCUACUGAUAUUAAGUACUCUAGAGAGUAGCCCAAGAAAAAUAUUUCUUUUAGAGGAAAGUAUCUCGAUAAUCAGCCAUAAAAUAAACUACACAGAUAUUGCACAUAAGGAAUUGUUCCUGCACAGGGUUACUUUACUAUGGGGACACGGUUCUUCACAUUUAUGUUUCUCUGAGAAAAUGUAGGUUAUUUAUAAAUAUUUGCACAGAAGAUAAAUACAAUCAAGCCUAUUAUGUGUGUAAUUAAAAAACACAGGGGAGGAAGCAUUUGUAAUGUAAUAAGUAAUAUUUGCAAUAUUACUUAUCUUUUUCUGUAUUUGCAAAUACACUGCUUAUGUGUCUGAGCUCACUUGAUUGAAGGAUGUGGUUUCUGAGAAAGUGACUUUGCCAAGGAGUGGUCUGUACUUUUGUUAUUACGCAUUUCCGAACCUGUAGUGGCAAGGGAAAUGUACACAAGUUGCCAUAAGGAAGUGUGAUCAGCCUCAUAUCCCCGUGUGAAAACAAAAUAGUAACAAUAUUAAUAAAGGAAGAACUUGUUGGUAAGAACUCCCUUACUACAGGUGAAGCAUCAUUGGUAUUUGCCUUAGAAAUGCUCCUCUUUUAGCCUUUCUUGUUUUCUAGCAAGCAGUGACAGAGGAAAGCUUGCUAGGAACAGCAUGAAGUACUACCUGUGAGGUGAGCCAGAAGAGUCUAAGAGACUUACACUUGAGACUUCAUUUUGUCCUGGUGAUGAGGAUAAGAGUAGAGAGAAAUAGUCAUUACAACCUGUAGUAUUUCUUCCUGGCUUUUCUAGGUGACCCCAGACAUCUUCUCACAUCCCCUUGCUGUGGAGAAGGGACCUAACAAGGAUGGACUGCCAGUGCCGUAGGGAAUUUUGUUACCCACACGAGGAACAAGGACUGAGGGUCCUCCCCUUUUCUACCUACCGCCCUACAACCAUAUUUGAAGGGUAGAGCAGUCAAGGAAAAGGGCCAUCCUCUCUGCCCUUCACAGACCUACUACUUUCUCUUCUGCACCAGCUCCUGUUGUUGCACUGCUGUUGUGCUACCCCAUAGCUUUUCAUAGUUUGAUGGCACUUCUUCUGCAUCUCACGUUCCUGAGAGUAUCUUUGUGAUCAGACUAGGAGAAAUAUCCUAGGCCCAGGAUGUUGAUGCCUCCAAUCAGCAACAUGCUUGUGCUUUUCAGAUUGUUUUCCCGUGCUACACCUGCACCAGGGGUUCUAGUUGAAGAGAUAGAUAGAUAGAUAGAUAGAUAGAUAGAUAGAUAGAUAGAUAGAUGAUAGAUAGAUCAAGGUUGUACCAGAAUACAGUAUAGAUGUACCAAGUGCAGUGCUUUCCAUAUUAAGUGCUGUUGUGAAAAACAGUAGUAAACUGCUCAACUGUUUGAUGUCCCAAAAACCAUUGUCCCUAUCUCCCCACAGUUUCCUUGAUCCACACACAUUGUAGGAAUGUGGAGUUCAAGAACUCUAUAGGCUUGAUGAGGAAGAAAAAAUCAUUUUCUGAAGUAAAUGCUCUCAGUGAAUGGCCCUUCUAUUAAGUACCUUCCCUCCCAUCUCCUGUCCCACCACAUGCAGGAGCUCUUCUAUUGGUACAGCCAAGGGACAUGACUUUCAGCUUUUCCCAUCCACUUGUUCCCUCACUGUAAAACAAACACAAAUCGAUUUGUAUUGACAUGCUUUGUAUCACACAGGCAACGGAGCCCGAGAGGCCAUCAAGGAACCUGAUAAAUUUGACUAAACUGCCUUAUUGGAUCAUUAUGCAGGUGUUCAGACUAUUGUCCCUUUGUGAAGAAAUCUGUGGGCACCCUCAUUCCAGCGUAGAUGCUUGGGAUAGUUGUGGAUGAAAGCUGAUUGAUCUCCUGUGUCGUUUCAGUUGUUUUCAUCUGAACAUCACAAAAUCCGGAAUGUCUACAGAAACCUCCUAACAACAGGCAGCAGAACAUAAAGUGUUUUCAAAGCCCUUUCACAGAGUAAUAUGCUGAGAAACACUUCAGCUGCUGGAAGUCGUUCUAGAGAGAAAAAAUGCAUUAUUGCAAGAGACCAUCUACCCAAUGGGAAGGAUGGAAACAUCCUCUUUAUGCUAUUUGACUGAAUUAAUUCCACUUGAUCUGAACAUAGUAGUUACCUAUUUCUACUGUGCAGAUUGUCCGAUGAUUAAGAGCUCUAGAAGUGCAUAGAGCUUUGACAUUUGUCACAAAGAAUUAAUUAAUGAAGAAUGAAGUGAGAAAAUAAAUAAGUAUUGUUUGUUUACCUG